AUGUCAGAAGAAUUAGAUAGAAUUUUGUCUAUUGAAGAAUCAGCGAUCAAUAGAAACAAAGAAAUAGAUCGAAUUCUACAGUGUUCUCCUUAUGAUUAUUAUUCAAUAUUAGAAAUCAAUCCGUUGCUUUCCACCACAACUGCACAAGAACUUCUGACAACCAUUAAGAAAUUAUAUCGGAAAAAAUCAUUAUUAAUUCAUCCUGAUAAAUCAGAUAACCCAAAGGCACCAGAAGCUUUUGAUUUAUUGAAAAAAUCCGAACACAUUUUAACAUCAACUGAAGAAUCCGAUAUCAAAGAAAUUGAACAUUUAUAUUCAAUAUAUCAAGCAUAUAAACCAAAACCAGAACAAAAACAAAAACAAAUCGAUGAUCAUGAACAACAGUAUUCUCAAUUAGAAUUCAAUGAUCCUAUAAAUAUUGAAAUUCGAUCAAAAGUGAAACAAAUAUUAAUUGAUGAAAUAAAUGAAUUGAAUUUAAAUAAAUUAAUUAAACAAACAGAACUUUUACGUAAAGAUGAAAUGAAACAAAAAAUUGAACUUGAAAAAAAAAUUAAACGACAACUUGAUAAAAAUUGGGAAGAUGAAAGAGAUUUAAGAGUUAAGAAUUGGAGAAAAUAUAGUAAUAAAAUUGAAAGAAAACAAAAACGACAACAAGAGGGACAACAACAAGCAUCAUCCUCAUCAUCAUCAUCAUCAUCACUGGGGAAAGUUUCAAAAAAGAAAAAAAAGAAAAAUGUUUUAGUGUAA